GAUUUUGGCGCGGAAGGCUAGAUUUAGUGAUGUUCAGCUUUUCAAUAUACGGAAAACACCAUGGCAUCAAAUAUUUAUUGCGGGACAUGUACAGACAAUGAAAAGAUUGCAUCUCACUUUUGCGAAAAUUGUUCACACUUUUUGUGUGUAAAUUGCGUAAAAUUGCAUCAGCAACACAUUUUGGUUGAUGCAGCCGAGAAGAUUUCACCGCGAAGUUGUAACACUUGUAAACAUAAAGGAAUACCAACUCCUGCCAUUUCGUUUUGUGCACUUUGCUCUGUAUUCCUGUGUAGCGAUUGCAAAACUAAACACUUAGGAUGGUCAAGGAUUCGGACCCACACAUUUUUGUCGGUUGUUGAAGGUAUCAGCCAUCUUUCGACUAAAAAAGUCGAAAUCACGUCAGGCGAGAGCGUAAGGAAUGGAAAAGGCAAUGUGUUGAGUCGCAAAUCGAGGGAGCCCAGUCAACCACAGGCAUUGGAAGUAACGGCAGAAUCUGUUCUGCUCGCAUGGGAGGCACCAUCCGAUAAACGAAAAGGUGAUGUGUUUGAGGUCCGCUUUACCGAGAUUAGCAAAGAAAGCACAACAAAACGAUGGGUAACAGUGCAAAACAAGUUUACCACAGAGUAUGGCGAAAUUAAUGGUUUGAAGAGUAAUACAUCAUUCCAGUUUUUUGUGCGAGUUGUUGAUGAAGAAGGCGAUGAAGGGCCAAAGAGCGAACCAAGUGAUAAAAUUAAAACAUGUGAAUCCCUUGGAACAAAGCUGAUCAAAACGUCGAAAGUGUUGGAAAAAAAACCUGACUAUCCAACUUCAUAUGGCAUUUCUAUGAAUGAGGUAAAAGAAGCAAGGACAGAACAAACACAAACAAGGAAGUUUGAAAUCGGAAAAAGAGAUAUGUUGAACAAGGAAGAAAAAACUAUACUUGUUGUAGGAGAAACUGGGAGCGGAAAAAGCACUUUGGUAGACGGAAUGAUGAAUUAUAUCCUGGGUGUAAAUUUUAACGACCCCUUUCGUUUUCGAGUAGUCACAUUAGAAGAGGAAGAAAAAGAAAGAUGCUACAAUCAGGCACUUUCACAAACGGAAUGGAUAACAUGCUACACCAUCAAUCCAGAUGUUGGCAGUCGUUUAAGUUACACAUUGAACAUCAUUGAUACACCUGGCUUUGGAGAUACAAGAGGAAUUGUGCGAGAUGAAAAGAUAGUCUACCAGAUUCGAGAGUUAUUUACCAACAAAGAACCAAAAGGGGUACAGACUAUCGAUGCCGUUUGCUUCAUUGUAAAAGCACCAGAUGCGAGAUUGACCUCGACAAAGAAAUACAUAUUGCUGUCAAUUAUGUCCCUGUUUGGAAAAAAUAUUGAACAUAACAUAUGUACGCUGAUAACAUUUGCAGACGGCGCUGAGCCUAUGGUAUGCGCUUCACUUAAAGAAUCUGGAUUACCCUUCGGCAGGUAUUUCACCUUCAACAACUCUGCACUGUUUGCUCCGAAUGGAAAUCCGGAUAGGUAUGACAUGUCAUCAUUUUUCUGGAAUAUGAGUAUGAUGAGCUUCGAAACAUUUUUCAAGGAAAUGAAAACAUUCAAAACGGAGAGCCUUCAGCUGACUGGAGAUGUCUUAAUUGAACGAAACAGGCUGCAAAUGGUACUUAAAAACUUGGAACCAAAGAUAGAUGCUGGCUUGGCUAAAGUCAGUCAGAUUAAUUGUGAAAAAAUUGCGUUCGAAAAAGCAGCGAACGACAUGGAGAUCAAUAAAACAUUCACAGUCACGAGAAACGUUUCAGUACAAAUAAAAGGUCCUGAAAAAGAGUUUAUAACAUUUUGCACACCAUGCCAGUUUAUGUGCCAUGAACCGUGUGCUUUUGAGGAUGAUGAGGACAAAAAGAGUUGUUCAGCCAUGGGGGGUUCAGGAUAUUGCACAGUAUGUCCCAAACGUUGUUUUUGGAGAUCCCAUAAAAACUAUGUACAGUCGGUUUUCAAAACCAUCACAAAAUCAGUAACGGAAACGUUUGAAGAUAUAAAGGCCAAGUAUGAACAAGCUGCUGGAGCAAAGCUCACCCAACAACAGAUAAUUGAACAAAUGGGUCGUGACUUAAAAAAACUUGCUGCAGUAAUCGACGGCAUGAUAAGAGAAUGUCAAGAAUGCAACACGAAAUUAUCCGAGAUUGCACUUCGUCCAGAUCCUCUGACUAUGACGAGCCACAUUGAGUUGAUGAUGGAAGCGGAGAAAAAGAUUGCAAAGCCUGGAUGGGAGAAUAGAAUUAAGGUUUUGGAAGGAUUCAUGAAAAGGGCUGAAAUUCAGAAAAAAGUUGUACAUGGUUCAGGUGAUGUUUUUGAGCAAUUUUUCGAUGCCUUUGAAACUCCUAACUCCCAACAGACGAAUCUAACAAGGCAAGACCGUGUAUAGUUCAUUAUCAUUAUAAUUAAAUUAUUUAUAAAGGAAUAUAGUUAUUUUACUUGAUAACAUGUACUCUUAGAGACAUGCCGUUAUGCGAAACGGAAGACGACUUGAGGAAAUCGGGACAAGGCGUUGGUCAAGUUUAGAUAUGCUGUUUUAACGAUCUGGGAAGGAGGAAACCUGUAUUUCAAUUCAACUUUUCGACACAAGAAUUGUGGAAAUCUCCCCUUUAAAAUUAGUUUUCACAUCCCAGAAAUUGCCGUAUAACAGAAGGACGAUGCUAAUUUUGUAUGCAUCAUUUGUGGUAAACGCUUCAACCACAAGUACAACUAUAUUUUGUUUGUAUAAGGCAUGCUGUUACUUUAUAGUCAACAAAAUGUAAAGAGGGGAAACGCAAUCAUUAGCGAUUCAAGAAGUCUAAGCAAAAUAGGAAUAAUUAAAUUUCAAGUCUGUCAGAUUGUUAUCAAGUAAAAUGUUGACACAGUCAAACCCCAUUUCGGACCCGCGAAAAUACCUCGAGCCUCGGAAAAUUCGCGCCAAGCGGUUAUUAUUUCCUUCAGUGUUAUAGAUAUCGGUCCAUAACAUCAGUUCGAGUCAACAAGAAAUUCGAGCCAAGUGUUUCCGAGCCAACGGGGUUCGACUGUACAUUAUUUCAUUUUUAUAAAUGAAUUCAUGUCUAUCAUUCGAUAAAAAAAUAUUGUUUUACUGAAAAAGUUUUACGUUUUAUUUAUUAGUGUCCUGUUACAAAACCUAUAUUCUAUGUUGUUAUUAACCUAUUGAAUUUAGUUACCCAUGUAUUAAUCUUUAUAAGAAAUAGUUGUAUUGAUUACAUAUGUUUUAUUUCUUUCUUCUUACCUUUCAUUUUGAAAAUGAGGAAUAUUUUAGAGGAGUCGGUUAAGCAAGAGUUUAAUUGGCGCCUCUGUCGACCAUUUCGGGACAUUUUAAAAAGAAUUCCAAUUUGAAAAUAGCCACAAUGAUGUGUCCAGCGUGAAAAAAGCAGAUUACAUAUGCCCGGUGGCACUGUCAACUUGGCAAUAGACAUCGGAACCCACUCAUAUCAUGAGAAAAUACGGUGAAGGUUUAGAUAUGUAUAGACGAGCCGAUUUUGAACCAAAGUAUUUUGUCUUACUUUGGCAUCAUAACUGUGGAGUAAAAUGAAUGUGCAUUCAUCUGAGUCGGAUGUUUUUGUAAAAAUGAAAGUUUUUAAUGAUUUAGCUUGCUAUUGUAUUACAGGCUGUAAUGAUGAGUGUAUUAUGUUCGAGAAUUUCUUUAUUAUUGUUGUUUAUUGUAUUUAUUAAGUGUGAUCCAUGACUUGUUUUCAUAAUAAGUAAUGCUUCGUAUGCUCUUUUUGUCAGAAUGAUAACUCCAUGUGAAAUCGAUAAGUUCACUCAAAAUGAAGUAACAUAAGUUAAACUUUAAAUUCCCUUACGCAGGCACCAAAAAUACUUUUGUUUUCAUUUCAUAAUUUAUAUUUAAAAACAAAUUUAAAACCUAGACUUUA